AUGAAGCCAUCACCUGAGGCCUGUUGUAUUGUAUGUCAAUUACCAUUCUGUUGUUCUAAUUGUCGAUGGAAACACGAGAAAUCAGCACAUAACCUCAUGUUUGAUUGCUCAAUAUGUCGUGGUAAUAGAUUUCUUUGCAAACCAAAAGAAUUAGAAGAAAACUUUUUACGUCAUUUAUCUGAAGAACAUUUACCCCUGAAGUGUAAGAAGUGUAAUAAGAUUUUUAGUAGAAUGGAAGACUUUUUAAACAUCGAUAAAUGUAAUAGCAUUUCGGAAUUAAUAAACGCAAAACAAAAUGCGAGUAAAAAUCAGUCGCGUGAUGUUGACAGGAAAUUUGAGUCUCUAUAUGAGAAAACAAACGAUAAUGUUGAGUGUAUAGUAUCUCUUAAUAAAUCGAGCAAAACUGCUGUAAUAACGCCUAUUAUUAGAAAGAAACAUCUGGUUGACUAUGAGUCCAGCGAUAGUGAAACUGAAGAUGUUAAAAAUCAGAAGAAUAUGACACCACAUCCUAAAUUGGUUCCUAAAACACCUAAACUAAAACGUCAAAGAGCUGCUACACCGCAUGCAAAAAAAAUACUUACAUUAAUGAGACAAAACAUUGUAGAAGAAUAUGAUGAAACUAUUGAUGGUAAUGGUUAUGAUGGAUCAGUUGCCGCAAGUAAAACUACACCAUUGAGAAAUGAAAACAAUGAUACUGUUUCAGAACCGCAAAAAGAAAUGACAACUCCAACUUCUCACAUUCCCAAAAUUUUGAAACUAGCAAAAGUAGUUACAACUUCUACCCCAACUCACCCGGUUGACAAUGGAGGUUGGUCUCUGUUUCCUGAACAAGGAGCUGAUUCUCCACUAUCAGAAAUUGAGAAUGCCGACAGUCCAGCUCAGAGCGUAACAAAUGAGCCAUCAAAAGCAGAAAUAGAGUGUGUACCUCCAAAAUUGAAAAGCAUUAUUGUCACUGGUAGUCGAUUACGCCUUGGUAGUCAAGAUAGCUCAGAAAAACAUGUUACUUUCCAAGAUUCUGCAAACAAUACAGACGUGUCUUCAGUAAAAACUAAAAAAGUACAAUUUGCUGAAGAUACAGUUUUUGAACAGCAAUCAAAAGUAAAACGAGUAUAUCGAAAACCGAAACGAAUGCUUACUCCAGGACCACAAAAACCGAAAUUCUGUCAUAAUCCAAGAUUUCAGGCACUCAUCAAUCGAUUUGAAAAUAAAGGAAUUACAUACGCAAGAACUCCUAUACAUUUUACUAAAGAGAAACCACUUGAAAGUACACCACCAGUGGGUGAUCACACAAAUAUGCUGGCCAGGGCUAUAAAUUUCAAAGAAGAUAGUCCCAUAGUUGAAUCAGAAAAUUACUCAAAGGAUUCAAACGAAUUAUUCAGAACAUGCUACAACUCACCUAUUCAAUCCAAUGCCAAUAAUGCAAUAACAGCACUCACUGCUAACAUUGCCAGCUCUUUGCAGAAUUGUCUUACUUCUGCUUUGAGAACAAAUGAAGAGGAAACAGAGAUACAAUUCAAGUUUGUUAUUACAAAGAAAAAAGUUAGUAUCAAGAGAAUUGUAGAUGAUCAAGAUGGAGUUGAUGAGAGGUCGAGUGAAAUCGAAAGAAAUGUGAGCCCAAACAAAGAAAAUAUCUGGUCAACUGUAGCAAAAGCAGUGAAAAAUGUAUUUUGGGGAGAAGGGUCUAAUUUAGCUAUAUCAACACCCUAUAGAUCACGAGAAAGUAAUACAUCAUCAUCCUCAUCCUCAUCAAAACGCAAAUGUGACGAGAUGUCGGAUCAUGAACAGAGUCCAAUCAAUCACAAACGACAUAAGUAUAAUGGCAGGAUCCGAGGAAGACCACCACUCAGAAGAAGUAAAACUUGGGGUGUAUCAAGCGUGCUUAAAGAGAUAUCCACUUGCAAUGACGAUUUUAUGAAUCAGAGUUUCUAG